AUGGCUACUCUUAUUCUUUCCUCCUUGCUGUGGAUUUUAACCAUCGACGUUGUUGUGGCGAGUGGUUGCAUGGAGGUAGAGAGGAACGCACUCCUCACAUUUAAGUCCGGCAUGGUCGAUCCUCAGAAUUUCUUGUCUUCGUGGGAAGGCGAAGAUUGCUGUAAAUGGAGGGGAGUCGUCUGCAGCAAUACCACAGGCCAUAUUGUGAAACUCAACCUCAGAAACAGAAAUUCGUAUGAUAUAUUCGUCGAGGAAUGCCCAUGUUUGAGCGGUGAGAUCAAUCCAUCUUUACUUCUUUUAAGCAAUUUAGAGCACUUAGAUCUCAGCAUGAACAAUUUCAGCGAAAACAGCAUCCCACCAUACUUGGGUUCAUUCAAAAACUUGAGAUAUCUCAACCUCUCUUAUUUAAAUUUCGGUGGAACAAUACCCUCUCAAAUUGGAAAUCUCUCAAAACUUCGCUAUCUUGAUUUAAGUUUUGACUCCACUUUUUCCGACAUCACUCUUAGAGUAGAUGACAUUUUGUGGCUAACUCGUUUAUCUUCCUUAAAAUAUCUUGAUUUGAGCGGUGUGAAUAUGAGUACUUCUACAGGUUGGUUGCAUGCUGUAAAUAUGCUUCCUUCAUUGAAAGUGCUACAUUUUGCUGACUGUUCACUUCCUGGCAUUUCUACAUCUCUGUCACAUUUCAACCUUACAGCUCUCGAUGUGCUUGAUCUUGGAGCUAACUUCGUAAACUCCACCUUACCCACAUGGCUUGGGAAUCUUACAAGCAUCACUUAUCUUGACUUAAGCUCUAAUGAGUUUCAUGGUGUUAUUUCUGAUGAGUUUCUACGUUUGAGCGAUUUGUCAAGUAUCGGCUUUGGCGGGGAAAUCAUGAAAUGGGUAGAGAUGCUACCACGAUGUGUGCGCAACAAUUUACAGUCUUUGUAUCUCGUCGGCAAUAACUUAAGGGGGAAUUUAUCAGGAUGGCUUGAACAAAUGGAUAGUCUAACAGACAUAUAUCUCCGAUCAAACUUGUUCACUUGUUCAAUUCCUGCAGGAGUUUGGAAACUUCCUAAUUUAAUAUCUCUAGAUCUAUAUAAUAAUUCAUUGGAUGGUGUCGUAUCUGAUAUCGAACUUUCUUACCUAAGAAAAAUACAAUACUUAGACCUUUCAUUCAACUCUCUUACUAUGCGAGUUUGUGACGAUUGGGUUCCUUCUUUUCAACUUAAAUAUAUUUUACUAGCCUCCUGCCAAUUGGGUCCCAAUUUUCCAGUAUGGCUCAAGAGUCAGUCGCAAAUUAAAUGGCUGGAUUUAUCGAAAAACAUAAUUGCGGAUACACCUCCCAGCUGGUUUUGGAAUAUGUCAAAUUUUAUUUAUUAUUUAGAUCUUUCCGAAAACCAAAUCAAAGGGAGAUUGCCAUUAUUACUGGGCUCUACCAUGCUAAGGGACUUGAGAUUGAGCUCAAAUCAAUUUGAAGGUCCACUACCAUCUUUACCACGUAAUCUUCAAUUCAUCGAUCUCUCCAAUAAUUUUUUCACUGGAGUACUUCCGAACGUUGUAUUUAUGGGCUCUACCGUGCUAUGGUACUUGAAUUUGAGCUCAAACCAAUUUGAAGGCCAGCUACCAUCUCUGCCACAUAAUAUUGAAAUGAUUGAUCUCUCCGAUAAUUUUUUCACUGGAGUAGUUCCAAAUGUUGUAUUGCCACAGUUGCAUUCCUUAUUCUUGUCAAAUAAUGACAUUGGUGGUAGUAUACCAUCUGCUCUAUGCGAGUCAACUUUUUUGGAAGUUCUUGAUUUAUCAAACAACAACUUGUCUGGAGAAAUUCCUGAAUGUAUUGGGAAGUCACAAGAGUAUCUUACUAUUAUAGACAUGUCAAAGAAUAAUCUUCUUGGGGGGAUCUCUGUCUCCAUUUGCUCAUCAAAAUAUGUUUCUCUAUUGAAAUUUAGUAGUAAUGGCUUAACUGGAGAAUUUCCUUCUUUGCAAAAUUGCAAGGGUUUAGUUAUCCUUGAUCUUGGAUAUAAUAAGUUUUUUGGAGCAAUACCAUUAUGGAUCGGAGAAAGUUUAACUCAUCUGACAAUUCUCGAUUUACGCUCAAAUAUGUUUUCUGGUAGUAUUCCACAGCAAUUAGCACAACUUGGCUAUCUCCAAAUUUUGGAUCUUUCUAGCAAUAAACUAUCAGGGCAAAUACCACGAUCCUUUGGCAAUUUCAGUUGGAGGGCUUUGAAAGAAGGAAGAAUAGAUAGAAUUGAUAAUAUGAGUUUCAAAGGUUAUAUUAUUAGUCUGUCCAUGGAUGUUAAGGGACAAGAACUUACGAUUUUGAAGAUACUCUAUCUAGUUGAGAGCAUAGACCUUUCGGCCAACAAUCUAAGUGGAGAGAUCCCGGAUGAGAUUACUGAUCUACAGACACUACAAUAUUUAAAUUUAUCUAGAAAUAAUUUGAUUGGACAUAUUCCAGAAAAAAUCGGUGAAAUGCAAUCACUGGAAUCUCUAGACCUUGCAAUGAAUAAGCUUUCCGGUGAUAUUCCUCAAAGUCUUUCGGCACUGACUUUUCUUAGCCACUUAAAUUUGUCGUAUAAUAAUCUCUCGGGAGUAAUUCCAACAGGAAAUCAGUUGCAGACCCUCGAGGAUCCAUCCAUUUACAUCGGCAAUCCGUAUCUCUGUGGGCCACCAAGUGCGAGAAAUUGUUCCGCAAAUGAAAUAAAUUAUAUGGAUAAUAAAGAGCCUAAAGAAAAGUUUGAGUGGCUAUGGAUAUACUUUAGUGUUGUACUGGGAUAUCUAUUUGGUUUUGCAGUCUUUUAUGGUGUUUUGUUGCUCAAUAAUGCUUGGAGGAAGGCUUAUUUCUCUAUGAUUGAUAUUGUAUGUGACAAGCUUUGUACUGUAACUAAAGUAACUUUGCGUAAAUUAAGACAAAGGCAUCGGAUAUGAAGUGGUUGGAAG